AACAAGAUAAUGAUUAACCUAAAACAUGUUUGUUGAAGCACAUAAAAGCGGGAAGAAUCGUUGAGUUUUUCAUUCAACUCGAACCAAUUGAACAGACUUCACCAUGCGUGUACUCAUCAUAUCUCUACUCGUUGCCGUAGCCAGUGCUGCUUCACUGGCGCCUAUUUACAAGGCCCGGGAUCCGGUUGAGAAUAGUUACUUAGUGAAAAUUAAGGAUGACCAAAAUAUUGACCAGUUUGUAAAGAAACUACCGGCACUCCGAAUGUCAGUGACCAAACGUUACAAAACUUUCAACGGUAUUGCCAUCACUGCCCUACCCGAAUAUAUCAGCAUGCUUCAACAUAUGCCCGAAGUAGAAUACAUUGAACAAGAUGGUAUCUACAAAACAUCGGUUGAGUGGGGUUGCGAUCGUAUUGAUCAGAGGAAUCUUCCCCUGGAUGGCGCAAUGAAUAUUUAUGGUGAUGGUAGCGGUGCUCAUGUGUACAUCAUCGACACUGGUCUGCGUCACACCCAUCAGGAAUAUCAGGGACGCGCAAGCUACUUCUGGGAUUUUGAUGCGCCUAAUAGGGGUGACGAUUGCAAUGGCCACGGUACUCAUUGUGGAGGUACUGCUGCUGGGAUUUUGGUUGGUGUCGCUACGUCUGCUAGUCUUUACAGCGUACGUGUUUUGAAUUGUAUUGGAGCCGGAACAACCGCUAACAUCGUAGCUGGAUGUGAUGCCGUUACGGAUGGAGGCACUCAGCCUGGCGUUGCUUCAAUGUCACUUGGCGGCGGUGCAAGUCUUGCCAUGGACGCAGCUGUAGAGCGAAUGAUAGCUGCUGGAUACACUGUAUCAAUAGCUGCCGGAAACGACGAUGCAAAUGCAUGCAAUACCUCACCAGCUAGAGUGGAAGCUGCUUUGACAGUUGGUGCCACUGAUAGCAAUGACCAACGUGCACCAUAUUCUAACUUUGGUAGUUGUGUCGAUAUCUUUGCACCUGGAAGUGAUGUUAGAAGUUCCUACAAUACCAAUGACAGUGCGUACGCAGUUCUCAGCGGAACUUCAAUGGCAUGCCCACACGUAACAGGUGUUGCUGCUGUUCACUUGGGUGCUGGUACUUGUAGCAAUAAUGCUGCAUGCAAAAACAAAAUACUCGCAGACGCAACUACGGGAGUGGUCAGUAAUCCAGGAAUUGGAUCCCCUAAUCUCCUGUUGUAUUGUGCUUAAAGGAAUUGCGUUUAACGGGUAAGCGAUUGCAGUUCACAGUGGAAAAAUAAAAUAUAUAACAAGUCGAA